UAUAGAUAGUCAGUUUGACGAUGUAAACACGACAGUUCUCUUUGAGUAUUGUGGAAGAUCAGACCUAUGUCUCUCAUCGCGAUGUGGAAAUGAGGUUUUAACCGAAUUUUGCGGGCGUUUCUCGGCGUGAAGUGAUGUGUAACGCGAAGCUGGGGCCACCAUGAAUUUGGGUAAACAGCUCAAGAGGGUCAAGCAGCAAGCUGAUCACCUGUUUCUGAGGAGUGACCGGACUGAUGUUGUGGGUGAGUUACGAACAGCAGAAGAGCAGGCGGAAGAACUUCGCCUGCUGGUUGAUGCAUGCACCAAGUCUCUUGAAAAGAUCCUUCAUACCCACACUGUGCCUGAAGAUAAGAAACUGAGGAAGAUACCCGAGUACCAAGCAGCUGAAGGUCUGAAGGAAGGUUUGAAUACUUUACCAGCAUCCACUGACAGCAAUGACCUCCUCAGAAAUAUUCUUGAGCGGGUGGUUGAAGCCCAGCAGGCUCUGGGAAUGGAUAUGCUUGAUUUUGAAGAUCAAGUGGAAACACAAGUCUUGAAUCCUCUUACCCAAAUUAUAAAGGAUGAAUUCCCAUUAAUUGUUAAGCAGAAGAAGCAGUUGAAGCAGAUUGGUCUAGACUUAGAUGCUGCAAAGACACGAUUACGAAGUCAGCUUGCCAACCCUGCACAGAACACCAAAAUUGAUACUUAUCGGGAAGAACUAGAAGAAGCAGAAUCAAAAUUGGACCAGGCUCGUGACACUUAUGCAUGUGACAUCUUUAGCUUGUUGGCCCGCCACCGUGAAGUUUCCCAGCAUAUUUGUGGAUAUGUUGAGCUUCAGCGAGAGUAUUUGUAUAAAACACUAAUGCGACUUGACCAAAUCUUGCCUGAUAUGAAACAGCAGUUACAAGCAUCAUCCUGUAGCCCAGUGUAUGGAGUUCCUCUUCAUGACCACUUGCGUAUUGUACAGAAGGAUAUAGCAGAGCCUAUACAAGUAUGUGUCAUGCGAAUAAUUGAAGUGGGGCUUUAUGAGGAGGGAAUAUUCAGAGUUGCUGGAAGUGCUUCGAAGAUUCGACGUUUGAAAGGUGCAUUUGAUGCUAAUCUAGUGACAUAUGAGACAUUAGCACUUGCUGAUGAACAUGAUCGUGAUUAUGAUGUGCAUGUGGUGGCAGGUGCAUUGAAGUGUUACUUAAGAGAACUGCCAGAACCUCUUUUAACUCAUGUUUUGCAUGAUCAGUGGUUGGAAGCUGUCCGACAGAGUGAUCAUCAGUUGCGUCUAAAAGCUAUGUGGAUGGUAGUCAAUCAGCUUCCACCUGCCAAUUUAGCCAAUCUUAGGUAUAUAAUAAAGUUCCUAACCAAAUUAGCUGGUAAUUCGGCAUCCAAUAAGAUGUCUCCAAGUAACAUUGCCAUUGUCAUUGCUCCUAAUCUUAUUUGGGCCCAAAGAGAAAAUGACGAGCAGCCUGACCUAUCUACACUUGGACGAAAUAUGAGUUUAACAAGUGAGUAUCGCUCAGUGGUGGAAAAUUUAGUUGAGUAUCAUGAUUAUUUUUUUAAGGAAGAUGUGGAUUUUGGAGUCAUUCCUCGUGUGCCUCCUUCACCUUCACAGAUUCACACAGCUCCUAAUGGCAAUGUACCACCUACUCCCUCGGCACAACAAAGAGUAAUUUCCCAUGGGCACCGUCGAAAUAUCAGUGCUGAUUUUGGUCGAAUUGAUACUAGUGGAAGUAAUAUCCCCACACUUUCAAAUGCUGGAGAUUGUGAUAGUCCUAAGCAACCUCAAAGAACAAAGAAAAAACAAGCGCCAAAACCACCACCAAUAAGACCAGCAAGUUCCCAUGGAGUUCAUGGUGCUGGCCAGAAUGCUCUGGAAAAUCAAGGAACAGCAGCAGUUAUCAACACCUCAAGUGCCUCAGCUUCACCUGAAACCCAACCCAAAGAAAGUAGUGGAGGACCUCCUGGUACCCCAGCUCCAGCUACUCGCCUUCAUCACAGUAACAGUAUCAAAAGACCAACUGCAGAACCCCCAAGACCACCAUCAUUAGCUCCACCAAAACCCCCAAGACCCAGCCCACCUAUAGUUGAAAGUGGAGAACGACCGUCAAAAGUACAAUCAGAAUCCAAUACCGAAACCAAAUUAGUGCCUUUGGGAUUUGAACAAAUGCACACAGCCAAAGAUAUGGAUUCGAGUGAUGACUCUGAAGUGUUCUUAAGGAAGAAGCCAGAUGGAGAUGGCCCACCUUUAAUAGGAUUUGCAGUUGAUGAUGAUUUAACAAAGGAAGAGGGAACUCUUCCUCCCAAGACUUCAAGUUCAUUCCGUCAAAGUUUAGAAAAUGUUUUGCAGCUACAGGCUGCUGGCCAGCCUGUUGCUCUACCACGACACAGUGCCUCGACAGCUUCUACAUCCUCUGAAGGAGAUUCUACUCCUCAGGCAGUUCUACCCAUACCCCGUACCUCCUCAGGGAGUGAAAGUGUUCGUCCAGUUAUGCCCCCAACACCAGUGCAGCGCACUACUAUUCCAGUCUCAACAGCAGCUGCAACACUCCCACGGCUCGCUAGGGAAUCUAAUCAAACUGCAGCAGAACGUCCUGAACCAAUGCAAAGGGUAGACAAACCAGCUCUUCCUGAAAAGCCUCAUCUCAACCGCUCAACUAUCGUAGUGGACCAUUCUAAACCACAAGUACCAGAGCGACCAUCAGUGGUGCCACCUCGUCCAUCCAGUGUUGGCAGUGUUGGCAACCUUACAUUGAGUUCAGAUGGUAGUGGUUUGAAUGAACCGGAAACCCAUGACGAAAUGGUGCUAUCUCAGACAAGUGAGGACCCUGCCUGUUCCAGUAGCACAGGAACUGUUCACUCGUUACCAGAGAAGAAUCCACACACUGUGGAUAAGCAGCAGGUUUCAGUAGUCCAAACAAAUCCAGCAAAUGCUGGUGAUGGGAGUACGAACCUCCCUGAGAAACCCUGGAAGCCACCCAAACCAGAUAAGCCUCCACAGUUAUUAGCAAGACCCCCGUCAUUCUCCUCUGAACAGUUGGACGCCAUUGCCCCCUUGAAUUCUCAUCAUACAGCCUUGAAAAGUGGUGGAUCGGGGAAAUUCACAUGGCCUCCGUCCACUGACACAGCAGCCUCUACCCCAAGUGAAGAGGAGCAAGUGCCAGAUUCUACAAAUCUUUAGAACUUCCAAUCUGAUGCUGUUAUGUAUUUUGGUACCUCAUCACAUCCCAGGAUAGUUUUUAUAAACCUGUGCAGUGCUUCGUCAACAAGACAGAGGAAGAUCGGAUACAUCAUUACGAAGAUCAGAUACAAUGGUCUUGUAUGCUCCUUGGUUGUGUCUUUCUCUCGCCUUGUAUGUAAUUUGAAAUGACUCUCAUGAACAUUGAAUUUUUGCAAAUUGGCUGUCUGUUAUCUUGGUGCUCAUAAAAUUUUGUUUUGCCAUCCUACCUAGAAUAUACCUAAUAUACUAUAUUUGAACCCCAGGUGACUUUUUUUAUUAUUAUUUUUAUUAUCUGCAAUCCUUAAUGGGAAUCUGCAUAAAUAUUAGCUCUAUAAGCAAUGCAAAAUAUAGUCAUUUAUUUUACUGAAUCAUGGCUGUAAUUUGCAUACCUUCUAGAGAUGUAAAAAUGAAAUUCUGUCACAUUAUCAGUACUGACCAAAGUUGUGAUAGUUUUGAUUAAGAAAUAGUGAAUAUCCAGUGAUAUGAAAAACCCUCCUCAAGCCAGUUACGUUAUUUAACAAGAUUGUGAUAAGAGAUUUAAGGAAACAGAGGGAGUAAUAAUGUGAAAGAAAGGUGUUAUGUUUUGUAGAUACAGUAUAUAAGUGUUUUUGUAUAAAGAGUAUUGAUUUUUAGUAAAAUUGAUCAUAAUACAUCUGAGUGAUUAAAGGCAUCCAAUGCCAUUCUAAUACUGUUGACCAGUUCUGCCAUUUCUGGUUAAUAGGUGUUAUUUAGGUUUCAUGUUUUGAUAUAAAGCCUAAUAUUUUUUUCCAAUCAUGUAUAUUGUAAAUUUAAAGCUUGUUUCUAUUAUAAUACUUAAGUGUUAUAAAAUGAUGUUAUGGAGCUAUUAUUUUUUUAUUUUAUAGAAAAGUUUAAUGCAUGUGGUAGAUAAUUUACCUCUUGGUUAUCCUUCUCUCAGUCUGUCCUUUCGUCUGCUUGUCUGUCUUUCUCUAAGUGAGAAGCUUAGAUCAUUCUUGGCCCUCACCCAGCAGGUCAAAGGAGGAUAUGAGUUAUUAAUGAUGUCUAAUUUAUAUUCCUUUCAUAUGGUUUGUGUCUUUGGGGGAGAAACAUAUUAUCUUGGCAGAUUGUGUUUGGCCUCUUUUCUCUCAUUGCCCUUGUUUCUUUCCUUCACCUCCUUUCAGCAUUUGAUUUUCUAGGGCACAUGUUUCUGGUAAGAGUGUUUGAAUGAAGAAUUAAAAUGUCAUCAUGAGUAUACAUGCAGUAUUUUAUGAAAUCUAAAUCUAGUUUUGAAUUAAUUUUAAUUAAGGAAAUGCCAAUCUAUUAUGUAAUUUUUUUGUGAUAAUUUUUCUUCAUAUGCUGUAAGAUAGCAUGGUAACUCUAGAAGAUAGCUUUUAUGUAUUCAUGUGACAGUAGGAAUUCAGUUUGAAUCAACAUUGUCUUGCUACAAAUGCAGAUAAUGUAGUCCAGUGAUAAGGAAAGUAGCUACCCUUUUUCAGUCAUUUACCUGGCAGGUGUGCACAAAUAAGUUUUAAGGGGAGGUAGUGUCUGACCAACAUAAUUAGUUUGUUAUAUAACAUGCUUGCAUAAUAUCCAAAUGGAAUAAUAAGUCAGGUGUACAGUAUGUAACCAUAUAGAAACAACAGAAACCCUGCUAAUGCAAAUGAAAUAUGAGGAGUUUCAUGUAUUCUUCCUUGUUUUUACAUGAUAAUCGUGUUAUAUACUAUUUUCAGCAGUUACUUGCAUGAUGCAACAGAAUGAAAAUUCAUACUACAGUGCUAUGCAAAAUACAUAGUCUUACCCAUCACUUCAUUGGCAUUUGGCAAUCAUCAUUACAUUUUGGUUAACAACUGUUGUUUUUGUUAACUACUGCUUGUUUCCACAUUUUUUCUGUAUAAAUCUCAAGAGGAAAAAACCGUAAUUCCUAGCAUUCAUAAAAAUUCUUUUGGUAUCUGCUUAGAUACUUGAACAUAUUAUUUCUAUGCCAGUGUAUUUUGUAGUUGAAGUUAUACAACUGGCUACUGAUUAAAAAUUUAACUGAAAUUUCUCAAGACCAGUUGUGUAGAAAAAAAUCUGAAACCCAGCAGAACGAUAGAAUAGCAAUACGUAAUCAGUCUUCUGGUAAAAAAGUUUUGGAUACUUAAAUAAAGAAGCAGUGGAUGAUGGAGGCAAGGAGGAAUUGGUUUAACCUAAAAAAAAAAACUAAAAAAAAAAAUUUUUUUUCUUUUUUGCUGAGCUUGUGGGUACUUCUCAAAAAUCUUGCCCUGAGUCCUGGGUUUUGCACGGAUGUUGAAACUUUUGUGAGGCUGAAUAGAGGGUUAGGAUUAAUUUCCUUUUGUUUUACUGCAUUUUUGACUAGUAAUUCCCUAAAGAUAUAUGAUAUCUAUAUGUUGAUUCAAUGAAUUUAGGCUUCUUCCACAAAAACUUGCUUCACAGCAUGCCCCUACUAGAUCAUCAUGAUGAACUCUUUAUUCGUAUUGGCUCCAUUUGUUCUCAAGCAGCUUGAUAAUUUUAAAUUUGCCUCCUUGAAGCAGUUUCAAAACCUGACUCGCCAUUUGUGAUCCUCUUUAUAGAGAGAAGUCUGUGAAAUAGUGACAGCAUUCAGCCUGUCUUCUACAUCUUAGCACUUCUAACACUGACAGAUGCAGCUUGUACCAGUCAUUAAAGAUGCAAUCAAUUGCAUCUGUAAAGGGCUGCUUGCAUCUGUAAAGGGCUAGCCAAAUUGAAGAUGAAAAUCUUGGGUUAUUGGGCUAUGGAUAUUAUAUUGAUACCAGAAAGGGAUAUAUUAUACAUUGAAUUUGUCAAAAAAUCCAUUCUGUGAAACUAAAUAUCUGUAAAAAUUUGAAUUUGUCAAAAAAUCCAUUCUGUGAAACUCAAUAUCUGUAAAAAUUUGAAAAAAUGCCAUAAUACUUUAAUCAUUUCUAUACCUAAAAUAUUAUCAAAAGGGGCAUUUUAAAAACUUUGAACUGAUUAGCAGUCUUGACAGACAACUUCGUGUUGUUUAUACUAUAAUUGUAAACAUCAUAUAAUUUAAAGCCCAGAACAAAUUCUAAACUUUGGGCUUGGGGUGGGGGGAGCUUUAAUUACUAAACCUGCAUCAUUAACAGAAUUUAUUAAUCCUUUUUUUGGGGACAGUAGUAGAAAAGCUGUGAAUGAAAGCUGAGCUCAAUAUUAGUAAAUCCAAAAGGAAUUCUGUUGACUGAUUUGCAUUCAUAAUUUGGCAAAACUUAACCUGUUGAAAACCUUUUAUUUUGAACUACCAUCUUAAACUGUGACAUACUGUUUAUAACAUUACUGUCAUUCCAUGUACCUUUACCUUUCAUUGUAUCAACUUCUGAAAUUUUUUUGGUGCUGAUAUGACAGUACUAAUGGCUGUGGCCACCUCAAAUACCCUUUGUCAUAGGGCUGAUGUCUGACUUGGUGUUGGUGAUUUCCAGAGGUCUUUUCUUAAGUGAAUUUUAAUAUAGUUUAAUAAAUACAGCUCAGCUUACUCCUGGGUAACUAUGGUGCCUGUGAAGUUGUGGUUUUCUUACUGCCCAAAACAGACUUUUUGGGAAAAGCUCGAGAUUUAUGACAAAGCAACAUGAACAGGGUUCUUGAGUGACUGGUAUGGGAUCAGUGUUAGGCACAACUGUAUUUUAACCAAUUUUUCUAUAGUUGCACUAAGAGGGCCACCUAAUUUGUGUGAGGUACGUAUGUAAAAUCUGGUCUAUGACUUACUAAGGUGGUCACCAUUAAAAAUCAAGAUUGCUUUCCAAUAUAUCCUUCAAGUAAUCAAAAUAAAUUGAAAGCUGAAUAAAGGUUUUGAGUGUAUUAUACCAUAUCAAUUUGUACCAAGAAAUGUUAACACUACUUUGAAACUAGGUAUAUACCAUUUCUUACAAUAAAGUGGUCAAGAUUUGCUAGUGCCAUAUACAAACCUAAAUAUAAGGAUAGUAAUCACACAACUGUAAAGAGAAAAACCAGUUUCACUAACUUUUUUUUAAAACUUUUGGACCUUGGUGAAACAUUGCAUCAUCUUUAAAACUGUACAUUGUGUAUGUGAUUUUUUUUUUUAUUUGAUGAAUGUUUGAGCUUCUUUCCAACUAUGUAGCUGAUAAUAAUUCCUUUUGAACUUUCACUUUUAUUAUACAAAACAUAACAACCACAUAGGCAGUCCUAGCAAGCCUUACAGGUUAUGUUAUCAUGAACAGCAAUUUUGAAAUGGGGUCCUUGUAGACAAAGAUUUGCCCUGGUUAAUCUCAAGAUUGUCUAAAUACAUAUUCAAAUGUAAGAAACAGUUGUUCUGCAAGAGAUCGAGAAUAAUUAGUACCAUCCAUUUGGAUUCAGCCUUUAAGAAAAUAUUGUAUCCAACCUUUGAGGAAAUUUUAGCGUAGAACUUGCUGUAGCUAUAAAAAGUACAUGUGUAAGGUGAAUGUGACCAGCAGAUUAUGUAUAUUUCAGCCUAUAAAGCAAUAAAUGCCAAGGUGUUGACAGUAGUAGGGCGAGCCUAUUUUGGGUUUGGUAAGAUGUAUCUGAAUUUGAUGAAUAUAUGUAAAUAUGAGCUGGUAUAAAACCUUUUCCUUCUUUGUAGCAUGUGGGGUAGCAUCCAACUUAUAUCCUGUGUGGGUUUAAUUCCUACCAGAGAGGAAGAUCAUCUUUAAUUAUUUCCUCUUUGGUUUCUAGGCUUUCAUUUCCUAAUGCAUCCUAAAAAUGAAAGGAAAUAAAUAAGAUGGGUCAUUGUGGCUACUAAAAACUCAUAAACAUGUAUUGUAAUUAUUUUGAUCAGUGAUCCAAACAAGAAGUGUUUUGUGUAAUGCUGCAAUUUGAAAUUUUGCCUGUGUAAUACUGUAUAAUGCAACUGCAGUAGUUCUCUCUCUCUCUCCCCAUCUAAGAUGGCACUAAGGCUAGCACAACAUAUGAGUAAUUAGUUAUUACAGAAAAAAUAGUCAGAGCUGUAACUCUGUUGAAGAAUCUUAUGAUUUUUUCCUAUCAUAAGCAAUUAUUCAAGUAUGUUUAAACCACCUGCAUCCAGGAAUGACUAAGGUUGACAGUGUUAACCUUAUUCUUACUGUCUACAGAUGGUUUAAUAAAGUUAAAUGAAAAAAAAAAAAUCUGACAUUCAGGACUUUCUUCAGCAUGGUUUUCUACCAGAUAUCUCAGACAAAUCCUCCCUGCUACAUUUUACGGAGGAGAAUAUCACCACAAAGCAAAAUACAAAUGAUUGAUACCUUCUUAUCAAAAUAGAUUUUUUUUAGUCUACAGUUAAAAAGGUUCUUGCUCAGUGAUGAAAAUGUUGCAAAUUUGUUUAAAAAUUUGUUUUCUCUGCUUUAAAUGGUCAGUGCCUUCCUUAUUACUUCUACUCCAGUAGUGUGAGAAAAUGUUUGGUUAAUUGUAAAUUUGAUGUGUGUAGUGGGUUUUUCCUCAUUAUUUGGUUUUCUUGAAAAAUUAAUAUAUUGUUCCCAUUAUCAAGUUUUGAUACUGUAUCUAGUUUACUUCUUUUUGUAAGUGAUGAUCAUUUGUUUUUCUAUGCUGUCAUCCCCUUAAAUUUUAUUUAUACGUACCUUGUCAUUAUUCUAAAACAUUUGUCUACCAGUGAAAUAUCAGUAACUACAUUAUUAUGGUGCUUUGUAUAUGCUUUUAAGUUUGCAUAGAAUUACCAGGAAAAGCCAUGUUUCAUCUAAUUUCCCCAUUCCUGUUUCCAAACCCUUGGUUUUUGUGUGAGCAAGACUUGCUAAUAUUAGAGUCCCAUGACUACACGAGUGGUAAGAUACACCAAAAGCAUAAGAACUACAAUUGUUAAGUGGUUACUAAUCCUGCAGUGUUUUAGCUUUCUAAAACCAUAAUUUUGUGAUUUAUUUGUCUGAUAUACUGUAGUAAGAAAGAUAUGUGCUUUUGGGCCACUUUUUUGUAAAUAAAUAAUUGUAUUAUGGUAGAAUGCAUUAUUUAUGCCACAUAUUUCCUCAUAAAAAAUUACCUUCCUGCACAUGGCUGUAAAUAUAGUUUCACAAUUUUACAUGACUAAAUUAAUGGGAAGACAAACAUCAUGAUGAAAAUGAAGUUAACAUAUUGUGGAGAAAAUUACGGUCAAGAAUCGCAACCUUCUUUUUGCUUGGAAAUCUCUUGUAAGUUUCUUCUCUAGUCACACAAAGGGUUUUAGCAGGGCCAAAUCCAGCUCAAAGCAUUAAAAUGCAAGUGUGGUAUACUAUGUUGACAUUAUUUUAAAAUCUAGAAGUUCGAAAUGCUUGUUGGGAAAUAAGAAAACAAGGGAGAAGGAGUACUCUAGCCAUAUCAUAUAAGUGCAUAUUUUUUAUUUCAUACUGGUGAUAAAAGGAUCAAAUUGAAUUCAUAGCAAUUUUCCCCCAGAUUUUUUGUAAACUUUCAUUACUAUUCAGAAUGGACCGAUGUGUAGUAUACACACAGCCCAUGAACUGGGGAACAUUUAAUGCUGCUACUGCUCUUCAGGGCUUAACAUGCAACAUAUCAUUUGGAGUUUCUGAAGCGGUAGUGUUUUAUAACCAUAGUAAGUUAUAAAGGAUUAACAGACUUUUAAAAUAAAAAAUGUAAACUUCCAGUCACUGACUGAUUUCUAACUUGUGUUUAUUCAGGGGGUAUAUAGCUGCCAAUGUAUAAUUGAAAUUGCAGGGUCCUUUCAAAAGCUGCAAAUCUCUUAUGCAAACCAUCCUGUUGCAUACUGACAUAAUAAUAAUAGUAUUGUAUUUAUAACGGCAUGCUAUUGUGAAGGAACUAGUAUGUGUCUCUAGCUCAAGUGUGAAACACAGUUUGCCAAUUUCAUACUCUAUGGCUAAUAAUUUGACAACUGUAUGUACUAGGAAGAUAUUUUAAGAGGGUAAUGUAAUUUUUAAAAAUAAUUUUGUACUCUAUUACCCAAUCCAGUAUUUUCUCAUGGAAAUUUGAGUAGCAUACAGUCCCAAAAUCCAACCAAACAUAUUAAGUCUUGCAUACAUUAUGAAUCUAGUAUAGAAGACCUAAGAUUAUAAUAGACUACCUUUCUUAUCAGCUUGAAUGUGACAAUCUUAAAAUGGAUGCAAAUUUAUACCAGUAGUGCAGGAGGCAUUCCCUUUCUGAUAGAGCAGAAAGUAGUUUGGGUCUGUCUCUCAUUAUAAAUGCUGACAUUAUAUUGCUAUCUUUAAAUUUGCUACUGCCUAGUUUGAUUUAUUUUCUAUUCUAGAAACUUCAGCAGAUGAAUUAUGCUCUCUCUAGUGUGCCUUCUAGCCAUUGGGCUGAGUCUAUCCUAGGCUUGGAGUUUUGAGAAAGUAUAAGCAGGUAGCAUGUAGGAUAGUCGCUUUUCUGUGGCACAUGCCUCUUGUGUACAUCAUUUAAAUCUAAAUUGUUAUUGAACACUCAGAAUUUCUAUCUAUCUUUUGCUAUAGCCCUAAUUUAUUUGAAGUGGUGUAAGAACCCGUUUACCUUUAUUUUCAUUUGUUUUGCACUCUUGUCAUUCCUUGGUAAAUUAUAUGAAGCAUGUUUAACCUGUGCUCUUCACUUCAGGUGAGAAAUAUUACCCCUAAGAUUUGUUUAAGAGCAAAAUUUGGAACAUUUCUUCCUUAUUUAGUUACAAAUCUUUAGUACCAAAGUUAUUUUUAUUUCAAAUGUAUAGUAGUAGAGGAGUGUGGCAGGAAUGUUUACCACCUUCUGUUUUUCGUCCUUUCUGUUUGAUUUUUACUUUAUUGUUUGCAUGUAAAAUUUUAAUUUUUGGUUGAUCAACUGCUUUGUCUGAGCUUAUUUAUUCUUGUGCGGUAGAGAAUUGUUUCAAUUGUUUUUCAGUCUUGUGUUUCUUAUGAGCAGAGCUUGAGUGCACAGGAAAGUAGUGAUGGCAUUACAGUAUUAUAUUUUAAAGUCAGUGCUAUUGCUUUUCCUCAUCUUUAGAACAAGAAAUUAGUGGCUAUAUAUAUUUUGACGUGAUGGCAUAAUGCCAAACUCAUGAUAGACACUGUAAUGUAAAUAAAUUUCCUAUUUAC